AUCGACGCGGUGAUCUUCGACCUCGACGGCACGCUCCUCGACUACGAGGGCCUGUCGCACGAGCUGCUGAAGGCGCCCCUCGAGGCGCGCGGCGUCGAGGGCUUCACCUGGGACCUCCAGGCGUCCAUCGUCGGCUCGCGGCCCGAGCGCUGGUCGGAGCAGAUCCUCGAGGCGCUGGACGUGCCGCGGGACGUGCUGACGCCCGAGGCCUACGUGGCGGACUACAUGGCCGAGCUCGAGGGCCGCUACGGCGAGAUCGAACCGAUCGCGGGCGCGCAAAAACUCGUCGACGCGCUCCUCGCGCGGGGCGUGCCGCUCGCGCUCGCGACGUCGACGCCGCGCGCGUCCUUCGACAAGAAGAUGGCGCACCACCCGGAGCUGCUCUACGCCAUGUCGGCCGUCGUGACCGGCGACGACGUCCGACACGGCAAGCCCGCGCCGGACGCGUUCGUCCGGGCCGCGGAGCGGCUCGGCGUGGACCCGGCGCGCUGCGUCGUCUUCGAGGACUCGCCGUUGGGCAUCCGGGGCGCCCGGGCCGCGGGCUGCUUCACCGUGGCGCUGCCUGACGCGCGCAUG